AUGACUUUGCCGACUACGGAUGAUUUGUACUCAUGUUAUGAUAAACUAGCUGACAGUUCCAUAGAUUUGAAGGAGAGAGAAAAUGCCUACAAAACAGUACUUGUAGGUGUUAAAGGUGAUGAAAAUGCUAAGAGAUUGUCAAGUCAGUUCAUAGCAAGAUUUAGCAAACUUUUCGAGAAUCUACUGGAGGACAGUUUCAAUUGUUUUCUGGAUUUAUGUGACGACGACGAUGUUAAUGUUCGAAGUCAAGUGGUGCAUGAUUUGUUGCAGUUUUGUAAACAUGCACGGGUAUUCGUCCCACGUGUUGCUGAUGUUCUCGUUCAAAUGUAUCAAACAGAUGAUAAGAAGGAGCUGAACGUCAUUUCUUUGGCUUUGUCUCAACUACUUCAUUCAGAGCCGAAAGCAACCUUACUGGGAAUAUUCAAUCGACUUCUUUCAAUGAAUGCAGAAAACUCUAGAGAAAAUACUCUCAAAUUCCUGUGUGAACGUUUAAAAAGUCUACCAGAUAAUGUAUUAACUAGCGAUCUGGAGUCUUUUGUGGUUGAACAAACUAAUCGAGUGCUACAUGAUGUUUCUGAGGAAGAGUUUCCAAUGUUAAUCUCUUUACUAUCAUCCCUGAAAUGUAUGUCUACACUGACUGGCAGGCAAAAACUAGUCGGCAUGAUCUCUCAACAAGCUUUGCAGGCCGUUCCUACAUUCAAUGCAAGUGAUCGGGCAUGUAUAGCUCAAGUUCGGGAGAGUUGUAGACAGGCUGCCUUAUGUGUAUCUAAAAACGUUAACGCUCAUGAAUUGUACAUAUACAUGUUGGAAAAAUUCUUGCCACAAUUCGGUGAUUUUGAUGAAGACACCUUCGACGAACGACUUAGCUUACUUCAACUAACCGCAGAGCUACUGUCUUUCCCAAGUCCAGCACUUGCAUCGAUAAAGUCAGAGGAUAUAACAAAAUAUCUAAACUCUGCUUUCAAUAUACUGUCAAUGUUUUUACCUAGCAUCCCUUCGGAAGAAACAGCUGACAACACGAAACAACCCUCUAUAGAAAAGCCGACGUUAAACCAGAUGGGUUUAAAGUUUUCAGAGUUGGAGGCAGGUUUGUUUUUAUGCUGCCAGCUUGGAUGUUAUUAUCCUCAAUAUUUUGGGGGGAAAGCAAAUGAUAAUGAACUUGAGUUAUCUGUUAUCGAAGAUGGAGUCGAUAGAUUACGUACUAUUAGACCUCGUCUCCAGUACUUAAGUCAGCUAGCACAAGAUUAUGCAACAACAAUAUCUGGUCAGUUGGAUAAGAACCUUCAAUCUGAAGAGAGCAAGCUUCGAACCAUGGCUCACAAACUUAUGAUGAACAUACAGCGAAUGAUACGGUGCUUUUUUCACAACCCCCCAGUGUUCAAAACCCUCAAUGUAACAUUGUCGUGGAUUCAAUCACCUGUUACUUCGAUUCCAGGUACAAAGCGUCCUUUUCCCACGGAUUUGGGCAAUCACCAUAAUACAGGUGUUCGACAACCACGUGGUGAUAGACUACUGUAUACCCCACCAAUCGGUCAGUGGUCUCGUGUUGAUACUACUGAUUCGAAUAAAGGCAGAUUUCGCUUUGGUCGUAGUAACCGGGGGCGUGGACGGAACUUCUGA